AAGGGGCGGGUAUAAGAAGAAGCGCCGCGCAGUCGCCAUGGUCGCGGCUCGCGUUCCGCUUUGGGCAGUCUGCGUACUACGAAUGACGCUGGCCACCGUCUACUUCCAGGAGGAGUUUCUAGACGGAGAGCGCUGGAGGAACCGAUGGGUGCAGUCCGCCAAUGACUCCCAAUUUGGGCAUUUUAGACUCUCGUCGGGGAAAUUUUAUGGUCAUAAAGAGAAAGACAAAGGUCUGCAAACCACUCAAAAUGGCCGAUUCUACGCCAUCUCUGCACGGUUCAAACCCUUUAGCAAUAAAGGGAAGACUCUGGUCAUUCAGUACACAGUGAAACACGAGCAGAAGAUGGACUGCGGAGGAGGCUACAUAAAGGUCUUCCCUGCAGACAUAGAUCAGAAGAACCUGAAUGGAAAAUCCCAGUACUAUAUUAUGUUUGGACCCGAUAUUUGUGGAUUUGAUAUCAAGAAAGUUCAUGUUAUCUUACAUUUCAAGAAUCAGUAUCACUCAAACAAGAAAUCAAUCAGAUGUAAGGUUGAUGGCUUUACACACCUCUACACUCUGAUUUUACGACCAGAUCUCACUUACGAAGUGAAAAUUGAUAGUCAGUCAAUUGAAGCCGGCAGCAUAGAAUAUGACUGGAACCUCACAUCACUUAAGAAAAUGGAGAAGUCUUCAGCAGAGUCCAAGGAUUGGGCCCAGGCUAAAGAUGACAAAUCCCAGGACUGGGAGAAGCAUUUUCUGGAUGCCAGUGCCAGCAAGCCAAGUGACUGGAACAGUGAACUGGAUGGGGACUGGCAGGCACCGAUGCUGCAGAAGCCUCCAUACCAGGAUGGCCUGAAACCAGAGGGUAUUGAUAAAGACGUUUGGCUCCAUCAGAAGAUGAAAAACACCAACUAUUUGACGGAAUAUGACCUCUCAGAAUUUGAGAACAUUGGUGCCAUUGGACUGGAGCUGUGGCAGGUAAGAUCCGGAACCAUCUUUGAUAACUUCCUGAUCACAGAUGAUGAAGAGUAUGCUGAGAAUUUUGGCAAGGCCACCUGGGGUGAAACCAAGGGCCCAGAAAGGGAGAUGGACGCCAUACAGGCCAAAGAAGAAGUGAAGAAGGCCCGUGAGGAAGAUGAGGAGGAGAUGCUGAUGGACAAGUUUAAUGGGCAAGAAAGUAACUUCCGGAGAUUUCACAGGAGGGACGAAUUUUAGUCAUCCCACCCCAGAUAAAGAUGCCUGGUAAAACCUUGUUUCUACUUUAAUCUA